AUGGUGGACCAUAACGUUACCAGCGCCACCGACUUCCACAACGCACCUCGAACGCCCCCCACCACCGUCGACCCCAAGGACUCGAAUGAGUACGAACAUGGAUUCCAACGCCGACGGCGCCGUCGUAUCGCAGUCAUCACGGCGGCGACGUGUCUCUUGGUUGUGGGGGCAGUCGUGGGCGUGGCGAGUUUGUCCGCGACCAACCCGACCGAAGUCCAAUCCAGCGCCAACAGCAAGAUCGAUCCGAGAAACAGCACGAACAUCACAAGCGUGCCCAACGUCGUUGCUACAAAUACUAUAAUCCUUCCUAACGUUACAGUUGAACCCUCCACUCGUGAGCCAGUCACCAGCCAGCCAGUCAAUACCACCACCACGACCAUUCCUCCAGUGGAGGUCACCACAACGACCAAUAUGCCAACCUCAACGAUUGUAGCACCUACCACGACAACCACAACCGUCGCGCCAACCACCACCACAUCCCUGCCACCUCCCACAACCCCCAUACCCACCACGACUACCACACCAAAGCCGGUGGUUGCCACCUCACCACCACCGCCACUGCCCGCCACCACAUCCUUGCCACCUCCCACAAAUCCCAUACCCACCACGACUACCACACCAAAGCCGGUGGUUGCCACCUCACCGCCACCACCACCGCCAUCGUCCGCCACCACCUCUCCACCACCACCGCCUCCGGCCGCCACCACCUCUCCACCACCACCGCCACCGGCCGUCAUCACAUCUCCGCCGCCACCACCGCCAUCGUCCGCGGCAUUGGGCAAUGACGGGGCGUUCUUGUUCCAAAACAACUGCGGGAAGACCCUCAACUUGUACCGCAGCAACGCGUUUUUCACGUCGUUGGCGCCUGGCGGGUCGAUCCAAGUGGACGGCACGGCCCAGCGCAGUCAAAUGUUUUACUUUGGGUGGGAUGCAUCGGGCGACGCGACCUUGUUUGAGACGCACUUCGGGGCGGACAACCGGUUCUACUACGACAUUAGCAUCAUCCCCGUGCGCUGCGGGGCGUCGUGGGACGUUUGCAUCGGCCCGUCGUCGUUCAAGCUGCCCAUGACGGUGCUGGUACGCCCUGCAAGUGGAGCCAACCUGCAGCAGUUUCCCACGUGCAAAACGCUCUCGUGUGGCGAUGCCACGUGUCCAGUGGCGUACAAAGUGCCCAAUGAUGUCAAAACCAUGGUGUGUCCGAAGCAAGUGUCCAUGACUAUCACCGCUUGUUAAACAUACACGGGACAUGACAUAUUGUACAGCGUGCGUAUAAAUCCAUUUCCUAAAAACGUGAUGAGGAGCAACAUCAUCAGGGUUAUGAAAAAAAUAAUAAAUAAUUGGCGA